UUCCUGCCGCUCUGGCUCUCCCGGCCCCUGAAAGUUCGUCCCAACUUUUCUCUCCCCGCGGAGGGCGCGGCGGGCGCAGUCCGGGGGCAGGUUGCUGCGCUCGUCCUCGCUCCGCCGCCUGCCCUCCGGGCGCCGGUCCUCGGCGAGCGGCCGCCACUCCGUGGCCCCUGGCGGCGCGUCCCCUCCCACCUCGGCCAGCCUCCCCGUCCCGGCCCCCUCUCUGGCGGGACAGCCCCGCGCCGGGGUGAUUCUCCUUUCCCCCCCUUCUCCGGGCGCCCCCGCGCCAACUCUCGCGCCGGGAUCGCGGCGGAAACCUCCCUCCCCUUUCGCCUCCUCCGGCUCCUUCCCUCCGCCCCUCCUCCGCCAGCCACUGGAAUCAAUUCCUUGGGGGGACUUGGGGCUCCGCCGCCCGCGGAGGGCAGCCUUUCGGCGCGGGACUCCGGGGUUCCGACGGGGCCAUGUAAGCAGUGACCCUCCGGAGCGCCACGCCGGGCAUGGACGCCUUUUCCCGCACCUGGAGGAGCACGGCUGGUAGUGCCCCGUCACGAAGCUGCUAAGGCCUUCUCAGGGGCGUGGGCGCCAGGGCACGAGGGCGGCAUCCCGGGCCUGCGGAGCCAUGCCUUUCGGCCUGAAGCUGCGCCGGACGCGGCGCUACAACGUCCUGAGCAAGAACUGCUUUGUCACGCGCAUUCGCCUGCUGGACAGCAGCGUCAUCGAGUGCACGCUGUCUGUGGAGAGCACCGGGCAGGAGUGCCUGGAGGCUGUGGCCCAGAGGCUGGAGCUGCGGGAGACACACUACUUUGGCCUUUGGUUUCUCAGCAAGAGCCAGCAAGCACGAUGGGUGGAGCUGGAGAAACCUCUGAAGAAACAUCUGGACAAAUUCGCUAAUGAGCCUCUGCUUUUCUUUGGAGUCAUGUUCUAUGUGCCAAAUGUGUCAUGGCUUCAGCAGGAAGCCACAAGAUAUCAGUAUUACCUGCAAGUCAAAAAAGACGUGCUGGAAGGGCGGCUGCGCUGUUCCCUGGAACAGGUGAUCCGGCUGGCAGGCUUGGCUGUGCAAGCUGAUUUUGGAGAUUAUAAUCAGUUUGAUUCUCAAGAUUUCCUCAGAGAAUAUGUACUAUUUCCUAUGGAUUUGGCCCUGGAAGAAGCUGUUCUGGAGGAACUGACGCAGAAGGUGGCCCAGGAACACAAAGCCCACAGUGGAAUCCUGCCAGCAGAAGCUGAGCUUAUGUACAUCAACGAGGUGGAACGUUUGGAUGGAUUUGGACAGGAGAUCUUCCCUGUGAAGGACAAUCAUGGAAACAGUGUGCACCUGGGCAUUUUCUUUAUGGGGAUUUUCGUGAGGAACAGAAUUGGAAGACAAGCAGUCAUCUACAGGUGGAAUGACAUGGGAAACAUCACCCACAGCAAGUCGACUAUCCUGGUGGAGCUCGUCAGCAAAGAGGAGACCGCCCUCUUUCACACGGAUGAUAUCGAAAAUGCCAAGUAUAUAUCUCGACUGUUUGCUACGCGGCACAAAUUUUACAAACAAAACAAAAUCUGCACCGAACAAUCCAAUUCUCCACCCCCUAUCAGACGCCAGCCCACCUGGAGCCGGUCCUCCCUGCCCCGGCAGCAGCCCUACAUCCUGCCUCCCAUGCACGUCCAGUGCGGCGAACACUACUCGGAAACACACACUUCUCAAGACAGCAUCUUCCAUGGGAAUGAAGAAGCCUUGUAUUGCAAUUCACACAACAGCCUGGACUUAAGUUAUUUAAAUGGCACCGUCACCAAUGGCGGCAGCGUGUGUAGCGUUCACAGCGUCAACUCCCUCAGCUGCUCCCAAAGCUUCAUCCAGGCUUCUCCCGUCUCCUCCAACCUCAGCAUCCCCGGGAGUGACAUCAUGCGGGCGGACUACAUCCCCAGCCACCGGCAUAGCGCCAUCAUCGUACCAUCCUACCGGCCCACGCCCGAUUACGAGACGGUCAUGCGGCAGAUGAAGAGGGGCGUCAUGCACACGGACAGCCAGAGCCAGUCCCUGCGAAACCUCAACAUCAUCAACACCCACGCCUACAACCAGCCAGAGGACCUGGUGUACAGCCAGCCUGAGAUGCGGGAGAGGCACCCCUACACGAUCCCUUACGGGCCCCAGGGGGGCUACGCGAACAAACUGGUCUGCCCGUCAGACCAGCUCAGCCCCACGAAUGCCACAGUGCCGAGCCAGCCGGGGGGAGCCAUUGCCAUCUCCCACACGGUGAGCACCCCGGAGCUGGCCAACAUGCAGCUGCAGGGCGCCCAUAGCUACAAUGCGGCCCACGUGCUCAGAAACUAUCUCUUCCGGCCGCCGCCCCCCUACCCCCGGCCCCGGCCGGCCACCAGCACGCCGGACCUGGCCAGCCACCGGCACAAGUACGUCAGCGGCAGCAGCCCCGACCUGGUGACCCGCAAGGUUCAGCUGUCCGUGAAGACCUUCCAGGAGGACAGCUCCCCGGUGGUGCACCAGUCUCUGCAGGAGGUGAGCGAGCCCCUCACGGCCACCAAGCACCACGGCGCCGUGCACAAGCGUCACAGCCUGGAGGCGAUGAGCAGCAUCGUGAGGGGCAUGGAAGCCAUGACCCUAAAGUCGCUCAACAUCCCCAUGGCCCGCCGCAACACCCUCCGGGAGCCGGGGCCUCCCGAGGAGGGCCCUGGCAGCCACGAGGUCCCCCAGCUCCCUCAGUACCACCACAAGAAGACUUUCUCGGAUGCCACCAUGCUGAUCCACAGCAGCGAGAGUGAGGAGGAGGAAGAGGAGGCUCCUGACCCGGUGCCCCAGAUCCCCGUGCUCCGGGAGAAGGUGGAGUACAGCGCCCAGCUACAGGCCGCCUUGGCCCGGAUUCCAAACAAGCCCCCACCAGAGUACCCCGGGCCCCGGAAAAGCGUGAGCAAUGGGGCGCUGCGGCAGGACCAGGCGUGCCUGCCUCCUGCUGUGGCCCGGGCCAGGCUGCUGCGGCACGGGCCCGCCAAGGCCAUCAGCGUCUCCCGGGCCGACCAGCUGGCCGUCAAUGGGGCCUCUCUCGGGCCAUCCAUCUCGGAGCCCGACCUGACGAGCGUGAAGGAGCGGGUCAAGAAAGAGCCUGUCAAGGAGAGACCUGUGUCCGAGAUGUUUUCCCUGGAGGACAGCAUUAUAGAAAGAGAGAUGAUGAUUCGGAAUCUAGAAAAGCAGAAGAUGGCAGGCCUGGAGGCGCAGAAGAGGCCACUGAUGUUGGCAGCCUUGAACGGACUCUCAGUUGCUCGGGGCUCAGGGCGGGAGGAGAGUCGCGUCGAUGCCACCCGAGUUCCCAUGGACGAGAGGUUCAGAACCCUGAAGAAGAAGCUCGAAGAGGGAAUGGUGUUCACAGAAUACGAGCAAAUUCCAAAGAAAAAGGCAAAUGGCAUUUUCAGCACAGCGGCUCUGCCAGAAAAUGCUGAGCGCAGCCGAAUCCGCGAGGUGGUUCCCUAUGAGGAGAACCGCGUAGAGCUAAUACCAACCAAAGAAAAUAACACAGGCUACAUUAACGCCUCCCACAUCAAGGUGGUGGUCGGUGGGGCAGAAUGGCACUACAUCGCCACUCAGGGGCCCCUGCCACACACAUGCCACGACUUCUGGCAGAUGGUGUGGGAGCAGGGAGCGAACGUGAUCGCCAUGGUCACUGCAGAGGAGGAAGGCGGACGAACCAAGAGCCACCGAUACUGGCCCAAACUGGGUUCCAAACACAGCUCAGCCACCUAUGGCAAGUUCAAGGUCACCACAAAGUUCCGAACAGAUUCUGGUUGCUAUGCAACCACAGGCUUGAAGGUCAAGCACCUUCUGUCCGGGCAAGAAAGGACCGUGUGGCAUUUGCAAUAUACUGACUGGCCAGACCACGGCUGCCCAGAGGAUGUCCAAGGAUUUCUGUCCUACUUGGAGGAGAUCCAGUCAGUCCGUCGCCACACCAACAGCAUGCUAGAAGGCACCAAGAACCUGCACCCGCCGAUUGUGGUCCACUGCAGUGCUGGGGUGGGCAGGACCGGCGUGGUCAUUCUUUCCGAGCUGAUGAUCUACUGCCUGGAGCAUAAUGAAAAGGUGGAAGUACCGAUGAUGCUGAGGCUCCUCAGGGAGCAAAGAAUGUUUAUGAUCCAGACCAUCGCUCAGUACAAGUUUGUCUACCAGGUCCUCAUCCAGUUUCUCCAAAACUCCAGACUCAUUUAACCCCCGCAUCCCCGACGUCAGUUCCCAGAAGAGGGACCCAGCUCCAUCUCGCGGAUGGGGAAACACCUCCAGACAACAUCUGUUUCCCAGCAGGGCGCAGAUGGCCAGAGCAGGCAGGCCACGGACUCCCUGAAGGCGGGAGCCAAGAUCACUCACAAACAUCGUGUACUAUUUUAUAUGAGAUAAUUUAUUUUUUCCUCCUUUGGGAUAACUUUUGUGAAUCAUCCUAAGGCAGUUUUCACAAUAAUAUAGUCCUUUUCAUUUGAACCACAUUUUGACUGAUCUGCAGUGUAAAUAGGGCCGUAGGGAGGGAGGGUUGCCUGGUGCAUCCUUGGGGGGUCAGAGGCAGAAGGGAACACAUCUCUAGUGAAGUUGCAGCCAGAUUUGUGACCAACUCUGAAAUUCAUCAGCCUAAUUGCUCAUAUCCAAAUCAAAGAUGGCAAGAAAAUGAGUGCAUCCUAAAAUAUAAAGCACUAAGAUCCUAUUUCUGAAGGGGGAAAACAACACUCUUCUCUUAUAUUGGGGGUUCCUGCAGCUUGAUGGGGGCUUCCCAGGUGGCCCUACUGGUAAAGAACCUGCCUGCCAAUGCCGGAGACAUGAGAGACACACGGGUUUGAUCCCUGGGUGGGGAAGAUCCCCUGGAGGAGGGAAUGACAGCCCACUCUAGUAUUCUUGCCUGGAGAAUCUCAUGGGCAGAGGAGCCUGGUGGGCUACAGUCCAUGGGGUCACAAAGAGUCAGACAUGGCUGAGUGACCAAACUACAACAACCUUGGUUCACUGGUCACCGUCCUGAACUUCAUAGGUUAGUACACAAUAGAGCGUGUUCGGAUGCUUUCCCUCUUGCUGAUUUUGGGGAAUUCUUCUCUCUGUCAUCUGCCUUUUCUUGGUACAACUUUUCAUUUGUGGCUUUGUUCUUAAGAUUGACCUUUGUGGGUAUUCCAUGAUGUGUUCUUCCUCUGCUACCUUUUUUCCCCCGCACCUCCUGAGCUGUAAAUAGAAGGAAAGAAUGGCAUCCAACCCACCAGAAGGAGUGCGCCUUUGUGAUUUCCAGUCACCACACAGUAGACGGGUGUGGAAGCUGAUUCCCGAUGGGCUUCUUUGGAGUGUGAAUCAACUCGGUUUCACACCUGGCCAGACUCAGUUUCACACCUGAGUCUGUAUUUGGACCCAGAGUAUCUGGCAAGGGCCGGUCUCUUCCCUUCUCCUCCAAGGACUGAAGAAUCAGUCAGGAGUAGAGCUUCUACUGAGCCCCCUAGGGUCUGGAAUUUUGCUGAAUGAUCUGAAAAAGGAAAACCACUAGGAUGACAUGUAUUUUCAGUGGAUCAGAGCUCAUAACUCUCGCAAGGAGAUGCUUAGAACAUGGAUCAUCAGCAGGCAGAGAGGUACUUGUUUCCUUUUCCUUAGAGACUUUCUAUCCUUGGGAUACUCUGCCGUUAGGGAUGUUUUAACGGUUGGUCUGCAGUUACUGGCUUAUUGUUUGAUGAACCACAUCGGCAUUCCUCUUUCCUAUCUCAGCGCCCUGCGUGGCCACUGUUGAUGUCUCAUGUGGGCAGCGAGUAGAUGUGCAGUCUCUUUGAGCCCUUCACUCUUGGCCCUCAUUUCAGCUCACUCACUGUUGCCGCUUCGAGCUGAGGGAAUAUUCAUGAACGCACAAAAUGUAGAGAAGUAGGCUCGGUAUCCAACUUCCUAGCCAGAGUUUAUAUUGAAACCCAAAGGAAAACAUUUAAAAGUGAUUCCCCGUAUUUUGUUUUUAAAAACAAAUGCUUUUGGUCCUUGAGCCCAUUUUACAUUCCUUUGCGCAUCUCCAGUAAGUGCCAACCUAUCUCCUGUUAAAUUAGCAGCAGCCAUUUAAAGUCCUUUCAGUGGCAUCUGCAUCAUAAUUGCCCAGAGAUGCUUUAUAUCUGGGAAGCAAGCCACGGAAUAAACCUUGAAGCAAAGUGUAUUAAAUUAGUUAUCUAGUUAGAGCUUUUGGAAUGAGUUCCUGACGACAUAUCAAGUCUGAAGCUGGAGCUGCCGGGGUCUGUUGCUGCAGUGGGGAGAAAAUAAAAAAUGAAGGGGGAAAAAAAAGAUACUAUAUCACCACAAGGCCAUCCAACACUUUCAUGCCUCUGGGUUUGCAGUUUUUCUGGUUGAAAUGUCUUGUUUCUUUCAUCCAUCUCAUUUGGAUGUAUUGACCCAGGGUUCAUCCUUGUUUACUGUGGUCCCUGGACCAGGGGGAGCUGAGUUUGAUGUCUUCAUCCUUGAGCUGAGCUGAGGUUGCCAGCAAAGCCAGAUCAUACCCUGCUCUGCUUUACUGGAAUCCUUAGGCUCUAAGGGGACACCGCCUUUUGGCUGUAUUUAUCUUUAGACACAUCUCUUUCCCUGGAUGGGAAGCAGAUGAGGAUUUGGUGGCUUUAGGCAGGGAUGCCAAUUGCUGGUCCCUUUAUAGGCAAGGAAUAGAGUUCCUCCCCUCAGUUGGCGAGAACAGUAAGGUCAGGGCAGGUGAAAACAUCUCCAUGUGGACUAUUUUGAGUAAUAAACUUUGGAGAACCCUCAGUAGAGAGAACUUGACUUCUACAACGUUUGUGGUCCUAGAUUGAGAAGCACGACUAUCUAUUGACUGUGGUUAGUCAGUCACUGGCCUCCAAGUCCCUUGGUCCUCUGGCACCUUCCUCCGUCAGCCUGGAUAGAAGGUCCUCGUGGGCUCUGCUGGGUGAGGUCCCAUGGGACUUAUCCAUUGGCUGCCCAGGACACAUUUAACCUUUGUCCUGCCUACACUCAGCUCCUUCUGUAAACACUGGUGGCUACAGUAAGUCAGUACUCUGAUCCAGCUACCGACCUUCCUUAUCCUUUUCCAGGCUGACGCAUAUGAAAUUUCCAGUAUUUGGAUCAUUUUCUUUAUUUACAAUGACAGCAAAUUCACUUGGAUCAACCUAAUAUGUACAGUUUGUUUCUGCCCCUUGAUUAGUGUGGAUCCCAAUGCGCCAUAUGUCUUUUCUCAAGAGCUAAUGAACAUGAAAGUGUGUACCUUGGGUUCUUUCUGUGAACCUAUGGCCUUGCUGCAAUGGCCUUUACCUCACUUGGUGAGUGGGCUGUCUUCCUGGGGCUUGGAGUCACACUUGGCAGAGAUGUCAGUGCACUUUGGAUUCUCAUAAGCAGGGCUGGCCAUCAGGCACAUGACUGGGGGUUUUCAGCUGUUGUUCUUUCUUGAUGUAUAGUCCGUAUUAGCUGGCCUCAGCCCAGUGGUUAUGGAACAUAAUCUGUGGGCCCAAAGGUGUCCAGAGUGACAAAGCAAAAUGUGCUUUCAAGUCUCUUCCCCAUUUCCAGUCGUGUGUAUAACGGAGAAAGUGGGUAGAGUUACUGCUUUUUUGGGGAGGCAGGAAUCUGUCAAUCAGUUGAGGUCAAGGGGUGGGCAAGCACAGGGACCUUCUAAUAUGUUUGCCAAGGAGCUUAGACUCAAGGAAUGGGGAUUGAGUCACAGGCAUAUCAGUGUUAAUCUACCCUUCAUUCCUCUUUCGUGUUGGGAAUAACUGGCAGCAUCUAGACUAAGAAACUUCCAGAAGCACCAAGUGAUUCCUGUUGGGCUAUUAAGGUGGCUGUUUGUGGGAAUUCAGCUUCCUCAUGUUUUACCAAAGAUUAUUCUGCAGCUGUGUUUUGUUUUAUGGCCUAUGGAUUUUAUCAGAUGUUUAUCAUGCUCUUAUUUAGUUAUUUCUUUUUGUGAGCAAAGUAACAGUUCAUCUAACACUACUUUCUAAUGGAGAAAUUUGGAGUUUUCAUGGAGACUGCACAAAAUUUCCAUUGGUCUAGAACUUCAUGGGUGACAAACUAGUUGGCCCUAUAGGGUUGAAAUAGUCCUAGUUGGCCCUACAGGGUGGAAAUCUCUAGGACAUUAAGAUUCUGUUUGACACUUCUGAGCUCUGAGCAAGGGAGCAGAGUGGUCCUUCUCUUUGCCUCAGCUUCUAAGACAUUUGGGGACAGAAGACCUUACUGUUGAAAGGAACAGCAACAUUCCUGGGAGAGAUGGGCAGGUGUAUUCAGUCAAAUUCUGCCAACUCAUACAUAUUACCCUGAAAAUCGCUAUUCUUCAUAGGGUCCUGAGAAACUCGAUGACCUGCUUGCCCAAUACUCAACCUUUAUCCUGCCUGCUCUGAGCUUUUGCAUUUCCAUUAGAAACUCAGAUGGUGGGUGUUUUUACCUUCUCACUACCUUCCUUAUUUUUUCCAGCUUAUUUUAGUUGCAUCUUCUUUCUCAAGGCCAAACUAAAAAGUUCUCUAUUAAAACGUCCAUGAGGCUGGCAUUGAAUAUCUGGCAUCCAAUCGAUGUCACGAGACUGCAUAAUUUAUUGUUGUUUGCUGCUGUAAAAGGGAGGAUGUGCAUCAGUUCCUAUUCAGCUUCGGUCAGCCUUCCCAUUUAAAAAAUAAAUUCAGGGACGUUUUAAGACAGGAUGGCAUGAGCUGAUGGGCAAGCCUGACUAUGAUGAGCAUCUGUCUAGAAAGUCUGUGUUCCCUCUGCCAUGCUUUGGGCCAUCAAGACCAUUCUUGGCCCAAAACACCAGGAGCUUGCCCAGAGAAGGGCUGUAAAUGGGGGGAGGAAGAGGAAGGCUUUUUAGAUCAGCUUUGGAGUUGCUGUCAAAACGUUCUUGACUCACAAAGAAUUUUUUGAAUUCAGGGGUGUCUCUCCUACUCUAUCCUUCUCUGUGAGGUCAGAGGGAUGGAAAUGAGGUGGCACUCCUAGGCAAGACCUCGCUGCAGUGGGAAGAUCGGUUUCACCCUUGCUGGUUGUUUUAAACUGUGUCCUCGCUCUUGUGGGAGAGCUUGACGAAUGUUCUGGGUGCUGAUGCUUGCCUGGACCCACUGCUCAGGAAGACCCUUCCCCUUGCUUGCUAGGGGCCCUGCCUUUGCUGGCAGCCUUUUCAGCACAACAUUUUGCUUAUCCACACGGCUCCGGAGUGAGCCAUCACAGCUCCUGGGCAUCUUGACUGAGUCUCUUCUGGGGGCCCCAGGUGGCUGCAGAGUGGAGCGCACCCCCUUUCCAGCAUGUCGUGUUUGUAAUCAGGGCAUGAGAACCAGGAAGAUGUCCAUACAUGAUGGCAGUUCGGUGUCUCACUUGAGAGCACAGGUGGGAAUACUUUUCUGAUGUCGCCCUCCUUUCUAAGAGCACCCCGCGUGCGCUUGGGACAGUGCCGACCUUUCCUUUUCUCAUUUGCUUUUAUGGAGCAGCUCUCGAUAGCAACACCUUUUCCUUCCUUACCCUCCUAGUGCAACCCUUACAAAACAGUUGAAUCUAGUCACAGGGACUCACUCUUUAAAAAUCGCUCCAAAUUAUAAAAUUAGAGAAUCUAAUUCUUAACAUGCUUCUAUAGUUUCAAAAAGUAAAAUCUGGCAUUUGUGUGGUUUCAAGGAAUAGAAUCUGGGAAAUGGAAGCAACCAGAAUGAAAAUAGUCAGGUGCUGUCAGCAACCAGGAAGUCGACCUUCCACCCUCUCUUUCUCCUUGGUGAUCGACACUAUCGUUCAGGACUAGAAGGGAUGAAAGAAAAGCUGGAUUCGAUGAUCAGUCCUGUUUGAACAAAGAUUGCAGCAGUCUCUCAGGCUUAUUUUGAGGUGACCUUCUAUGGAUCCCCAGUGGCUGCCUUUGGCAUAAUGACACGUGUGGUCAGAUCGUCUCCAGCCCCUUCCUGCAGACCAUGUUCCUUUCAUCGUGGCUUCUACGCAGCCUGGCCGGUCAGGUGAAACGGGUGAAGCUCUGGGCUCUUUGCGGACUUUUUACAAGCUGCAAAGCUGUCUAGGGAGGGGCAGGAUUGCUAUUCAUCCAGUCUGUGAUGGGACCUUUCUUCCCAACCUCCUCCUCAAGGGAAACUCAGAGGCCACCUUACCUGACAAAGGUCUUGGGGACAAACCUGAAAACAUUGGAUUGGGGUCUUUUUGUGCCUUGGGGUGGAACUGUUUUGCUAACAGCUCAGGAAUCCUGCUCAAGUUGAGCUCGGCUGGCUCUCAGGGCAGGGGUGCCUGGCGUUCUCAGCAUUUCUCAGGGCCGCCCACCUCCCUGAAUUGCAGUGUUAGCUAAUAAAUACCUUCAGCUUGGAACUGAGAGCUGUAAUUCAGAGCCAUUUUCUGCCCCCAACGUGAACGGUGUAAAAUGUUACUGCAACUUCCUUUGACUGAACUUUCUUGCCAGUUUGGAAUCUUUAAAAAUCUGUCAACCUUAUCCUUUCAAAAGUAAGGUUACUCUUCAUCAGAGAUGAUUUCCUGUGUGUGUCCUUUGUUCCUUCAAUAGUCAACUGACUUGCUUGAGGAUAUAUAUGUAAAUGGGAUAAAAAAGGGUUUACAUAUGCAGAUGACUAUUAAAUGUGUAACCUUAUAUAACCUGUGUUACAUCAAGUAACAUGCCAAUCUAUUUUGUUUCACUGGACUAUAAUUGUGCUACUUAAUUCAGUAUUUUGAAGUUUUCCUUGGUCUUUGUCUUUAAUAUGUUGUCAAUUGUUAUAUCAUUCAAGCCAGUUGACAUUUAAUAGGUCUCAUUUCAGAUGUACAGACAAGUCCCUAAUGUAGAAACUGGUUUGUUCUUAAGGCUCUUGAGUCAGUCCAGGGAAGCCUUCUGACAUCCAACACAACUGAACUGCAGGGCAGUCAGCCGUACGUGGCUGGCUGGCUGGCAUGGGCCGACCUGGACAUUUAACCACCUAUCGCAUUACUGCUGUGAGAAAUGCAUUCCAGAGUAGGGACUUGGGAUCCUGAGAACCCGCUCUUCUCCCUGAGGUGUCCACUGGCUUCCUUACAAGAUGGAAGUCCAGUCUCAUUACGACAAGCUAGUUGUAAGGAGGGGGAGGGCGAGACAUUUAUAGGACAUUCCCUGAGUUGGGGAGUGAUUAAUAUUCACAUGUCAACUUUACUUUGCUAUAGACUCUCUCUUGAUAAUAUUAAAAGCCUUAAAUAAAUCUAUGCAUGCUAUUCUAUGUGCUUUUUUUAUAUCAGUAAAUAAGCUUAUGCUUGCCAGUUUUAUACACAGUUAUGAAGUGUAUGAAACUGACUUUUGACAGUAUUUUUGCACUGUUUCUUAUCUGUUUUUAUAAAGUCUUUAGAUAUUGGUCCUAGUUGUGUAUUGUUUUAUGUUCUCACUGCCCUUGUCAUUGCUGUAAAAUGUUUCAUAUGUGCCUUUACAAAUGUGAGAUCUUUAUUCUAACCUUUUUUGUAAAAGAUAUCUAUUGACUUCCAAAUGCAAUAAACUUUUUUUUUUUUUUU